UUUUUUUCGACAGGGGUGGAUCACAUCAUGCUAAAAGACCCAGAGUUUGACAUCGCAGCCAUCAAGCGGUGCCUCGAGAGAGCCGAUCGGCUACGGAAGCGGAUGGGAGUGUUCAAGUUACAAAUCUCGUUUGGUAUUGCUGCCGGGCAGCUUCCAACGGGGGAUGCCGUUUUGGCAUGCAGCGGCGCGGCCCUGUCCAACAUGAUCGGCUUCUCAUGCAAAACUCUGCCACAAACCUUUGCCACACUUCAUCAGCUUACCCAUUUGGUCCUCGAGUUCACCAACCAAAACCUUGGAGACCAAGGAGCCACCGCAGUGGCCGAGAAUCUUGGAAAGCUCGUGAAUUUGAACCAUGUGGAUCUCGGAAAGCUCGUGAAUUUGAACCAUGUGGAGCUCGAUUUCACUAGCAACAAGCUCGGAGCCC